AUGUCCUUGGCUGGCGGUGGAUUCGAUAAGAAUAAAGGCGAAGCUCUGCUUCAUUUUGUUGUAGCCAUUGGAGUGAAAGCAGAACUGGCAGAAGUUGGAAGUUUAACAGAGUUGGCCGGUCGUCAUGUUCCGAUGCUAGCAGGGACUAUCUACACGAAGCAGCUGCAGUGUAUUGGAGCAUCAGCUGAACCUUUACAGGCGUACCAAAAAGCGAAAGAAGUUUUACUGAGAUUUGACUCCGUUUUAUGUCCAAGCAAAUAUUUAGAUGAAAAGCAAGCUGCUGGUGGAGAUCCGUUUGAGAUAUGUAAAUUCUUGCUUGCUUUGCUGAACGAGCUUCGUUGUACUUACCCAGAAGCGUUUGGAGGGGACGCCUUAAUUAACAGUAGACUGAGUGAUGAUUGCCAACGAAAGAUAGCAGAUAUGUUAAACUACUUGGAUGAUCCCGAUUUGUGGGACACCUUUAAAUCUUGGCCAGCAAUUCUGAUGGACCCCUCAAAACUGUGUUACGAGUCACCCAAAAAUGCUCGCAGCCGAAUUGCAUUUUCAACGGGUCCUCAUAGCCAUAGUCCCUUGUCUGAAGCCGUUUCUACUCCUGUUGCUCGUGCCAACAGGAAACUUCGUGAAAAGGAAAAAAGGAUAAAAGAGCUUACAGAAUCCCUUACUGCCAAAGAAAUCGAAUAUGAUGAUUUGGAAAAGAAACUCAGACGACUAGAUGAGGAAAAUAAAAGGCUUUUCGUGAAGUUGGAGUCAUUCACUUCUAAAACAGGAGAUUAUACACGGUUGGAAAUGGAAAAUUCCCAUCUUACAGAACAGCUUCAGAAUCUGGAGCAGGAGCUGAAAGAUGCAAAAUGCAGUUUAACUGAAAAGCGGGAACGUUUGGCUCUGAACGAAGAACACAUUGUGAAGCUUCAGCGAAGCUAUGACACUGUUAGAGAUGGGGCUGAACUCCUGCAAACUCAACUAAAAGAGAAAAAUGAGGUCAUUAGUCGUUUGAGAGCAGACCUUGACACUGCUGAUAUGCAUAACAUUGAAAGUAGAAAACAGACUUUUGAAGAGGAACUGAGAGAGACGAAAUCGCUGUACAAUCUUGAAAAGAAUGCGACUCGUGCAAAGGUUGCAGAUUACGAAGAGGCACUGGCAUCAGCGCAUGCCCGAGCACAUGAGCUAUAUGCGAAGCUUUCUCUAGUUGAACGCUGGAAUAAGGAAAACUGUGGACGUCAAAUGGAGCCGUUGGUUUCACGAGUUCAACAUUUGCAGAUUAACUUUCAUGAUUUAAAAAACGAUUUUUUAGCAAUGGUAGAAGUAGUGCAACGCUUGAUUGCGGAGAAUAAGAAGCAGAAGGAAGCUUCAGAUGAGCUAAGAAUUGGUCACGAAAACCUGAAGGAAUUGUACGAAAAAGUAUUAUGUAGUGAAAAGAGAUGGAAGAGUUCUGCAGAGUCAUCGUUUGCAAGUGGAAAACAACUGCGAGAUCACUGCACUAAACUGGAAGAGACACUGAAUGAUGUAUUCCAAAUUUUCGACGCAACAGCUAAUAAAGCAUCGGAAUAUGAAGGAAGAAUACAAGAUUUGGAAAUGGAAGUUGCUUCUCUGAAAGCAGAAAAUGCGGUGCUUCAGAAAAAGGGCUUUGAUUCAAGGUUAAGCAAUGUGAGCAGUGCUUGCACUCCAAGGUCGAAUUUACCGAGUGGUCGCGAAAGUGAUUUUGUACCAGCCGUUGAGAAAAUUAAGGAAAUUGACAAUGCUCAGAUGCCCGAAAAUGCAGCCUACAACGCCACCGCCAGUGGCCCGCAUCCUUUGCCUCGUUCUGAAGACGAAGGAGAUUGGAUGGAAAGCAAAUCCAUAAAUGGAGUGGAGUUUAGAGUUGUAACCCCUGCAAAAAGCUUUUCGAAAACGUAUUUCCUCGACGUGGACUCAGCAACCACUUGCCACAGUGACGAUUCAAUCUCUUCUACUCCAAGUGGGAGGUAUUUGGAGCUACAUGAACGUAAUAUGAGAUCUAAACCUCAUAUGAGGACUUACGCGUACCCCGAGGUUGUGGAGGCCGCUAUAGAGGAGGAUACUUUUAGGAACUCUUCGAGUUUCAAACCUCCAAGCCAAAAAAAGAAAAAGGUGUUGAGAAAUUCUACUGGUGCAGUUUUUGGAGCUUUUAUUGUAUUUGGAGGGGGAGUGACCUGUGGGGGAAUAGAUGCGGUUACUGUUAACUUUGGAGCGCUAGUUUAA